AUGUUUGAUCUCACACUCAACCCAGCACAGCAGCAGCUGCGCACCGACGCAGCAGCCUUUGCCCAGGAACACCUCAAGCCAGCCACAUCGCUUUACGCACACCUCCCGACCCAGCGCGCCCGCUUCGAAGCCCUGCGGCCCAUCUAUGCCGUCGCCGUCAAGGCUGGGCUGAUCAAGGGCCAGAUCCCCACCGCCCUCGGUGGGUCUGCCGAGUCUAUGGUUGACGCAGCAAUCGUGGUUGAGGAGUUCUUUGCCGUGGACCCGAGCGCGGCGCUGACGAUCCUCGGCACGGGACUAGGGUUGACGCCGUUGCUGUUAGCAGGAGGGGAGGAGUUACGGAGUCGAGUACUGGCGCGGUUUCUGGUGGUGGAGGACGAAGGAGACAAAGAGACUAGGGUGCCUAUUGCAAGUUUUGUGCACUCGGAGCCGGGUGGUACGGCGAACUGGCUCGAGAAGGGCGGUGCUGGGCUGGGAACUACAGCGAGGCGGGAGGGAGAUGAAUGGGUUAUCAAUGGUGAAAAGAUGUGGGCAACCAACUGCGCAGGCUGGGACGGCCGUGGCGCAGACCUACAAUGUAUCGUCUGUCGGCUCUCGGAAACAGGCGGACCACCUUCCCCAGACGAAAAUCCUGCAGCUCAGAUCCUCAUCCUCGCCGUCACGGCCGAGACCAUCGCUGCCAACCCACCAGAGGCAUACGCUGUCCUCUCCGAGCCAGAACUUGCCGGCUUCCCAUGCACCUCAGGCCCCCACGUGCGCCUGACGAACCUCCGCGUCCCCCAUGCAGACCUCCUCUGCCCUCCUGGCCAGGGCGCACAGGUCGUCGAGCAGACCUUUGGGUCCUCGGCCGCGCUUGUAGGCGCCAUGGGCGUGGGGAUCAUGCGGGCCGCCUUCGAGGCAGCCCUGGGGUUCGCGAGGCGUGAGACGAGGCGAGGGGUCGUGCCUGUCCUGGAGAGGCAGAGCGUGGCGGACCUGCUGAUUGAUGUUAAGAUGAGGAUCGAGGCGGCGAGGCUGCUGGCGUGGAAGGCUCUGCAUGGGAUUGAGAAGGGACCGGGGGCUUGGGAGACGAGGCUGGAGAUUGCGCUGGAGGCCAAGAUUUUCUCGAGCGAAGCUGCUGUGAGAAGUGUGGUGGAUUGUAUGAAGGCGGUUGGGGUAGCAUCUUAUUCCAAGGACCAACCGUUCUCGAAGCUGUUAGCUGAAGCCACAAUCUUGCCUCUUUUUGAUGGUGGCAAUGUUGGCGUCCGCAGGCGCCAGCUCGAGAGAAUCUUUCAAGACCCAGGCUAUCAGCCCUGGGCAGCAACCUACGAGUAG